AGGGCUGCAGCACAAGGACCUGGCUCACAGGAGGCAGCAGUGCUGGAAGAGGCACCCAGCAGUUUCUGAGGCCUCCCGGAGGGUCUGCUCCCUGUCUCUUCAAAGAUGGGCCUCCAGGUCCGGUUCUGCUUCCCCCUGGGGCUCCUGCUCAGCUCGGGGCUCCUGGUGGCGUCAGCCCCGGCUGCUCUGGAGCUUCUUGGUUGCGGCACCAAGGAGCAGCGGGUCACCGUCAGCCACACCUACAAGAUUGAUGUGCCCAAGUCUGCCGUGGUUCAGGUGGAGCCUGACCCUCAGUCCUUCAGCGACGAUGGGGCUUCGCUCUUGGCCCCAGGGGAUGCCAGGGAGGAGCAGAACAUCAUCUUCAGACACAAUAUCCAUCUUCAGACACCACAGAAGGACUGUGAGUUGGUCGGCAGCGUCCAGGACCUCCUGACCCGGGUGAGGAAGCUGGAGGAAGAGAUGGCGGAGAUGAGGGAGCGGUGCAGUGCCCAGCGCUGCUGCCAAGGUGCUGCCGGUCCAAGCCGCCACUGCAGCGGCCACGGGACCUUCUCCCCGGACACUUGCAGCUGCCGCUGUGAGCAGGGUUGGGAGGGUACCGCCUGCGAGCAGCCCACCUGUCCCGGAGCCUGCAGCGGCCAUGGUGAAUGCGUGGAUGGGCGCUGCCUCUGCCACGAGCCCUACGUGGGCGCUGACUGCGCCUACCCCGCCUGUCCUGGGAACUGCAGCGGCCAAGGCACGUGCAUGCGUGGUGUCUGCCAAUGCCACGAGGACUUCACGUCGGAGGACUGCAGUGAGCGUCGCUGCCCUGGCGACUGCAGCGGCCACGGCUUCUGUGACACGGGCGAGUGCUACUGCGAGGAGGGCUUCAUGGGCCUGGACUGCGCCCAGGUGGUCGCCCCUCAGGGCCUGCAGCUACUCAGGAGCACAGAGGAUUCCCUGCUGGUGAGCUGGGAGCCCUCCAGUGAGGUGGACUACUACCUCCUCAGCUACCACCCCCUGGGGAAGGAGCUCGCCAGGAAGCAGGUCCAGGUGCCCAAGGAGCAGCACACCUAUGAGAUUCUUGAUUUGCUGCCUGGAACCAAGUACAUCGUCACCCUGCGCAACAUGAAGAAAGAAGUUUCCAGCAGCCCCCAGCAUCUUCUCGCCACCACAGACCUUGCUGUGCUUGGAACUGCUUGGGUGACAGAUGAGACUGAGAGCUCCCUGGAUGUGGAGUGGGAGAACCCCUCAACCGAGGUGGACUACUACAAGCUGCAGUAUGGCCCCAUGACAGGGCACGAGGUGACUGAGGUCAUUGUGCCCAGGAGCAGUGACCCCAAGAGCCGAUAUGACAUCACCGGUCUGCAGCCUGGGACGGAGUACAACAUCUCGGUGGUCCCCAUGCGAGGAGAGCUGGAGGGCAAGCCCAUUCUCCUGAAUGGAAGGACAGAAAUUGAUGGUCCAACCAAUGUGGUCACGGAUCGAGUGACGGAAGAUACGGCAGCUGUGUCCUGGGACCCAGUGCGGGCUGUCAUAGACAAGUACAUGGUGCGCUACACCUCUGCUGAUGGGGACACCAAGGAGACGGCAGUUCCCAGGGACCACAGCAGCACCAUCCUAAUGGACCUGAAGCCUGGAGAGGUGUACAAGGUCUACGUGUGGGCCGAGAGGGGCAACCAGGGGAGCAGGAAGGCCGACACCAAUGCUCUCACAGAAAUUGACAGCCCGAGAAACCUGGUGACUGAUCGGGUGACAGAAAAUACGGCCACCAUCUCCUGGGACCCAGUGCAGGCCACCAUUGACAGGUACAUGGUACGCUACACCUCUGUGGAUGACCAAGAGACCAGAGAGGUUCCGGUGGAGAAAGAGCAGAGCCGUGCCGACCUGACAGGCCUGAGGCCGGGCAUAGAGUACACGGUGCAGGUGUGGGCCCAGAAGGGCGACCGGGAGAGCAAGAAGGCUGACACCAAGGCCCCGACAGACAUUGACAGCCCCAAAAACCUGGUGACCAACCAAGUGACAGAGAAUACGGUCACUGUCACCUGGGACCCAGUACAGGCCGCUAUCGACAGAUAUGUGGUGCGCUACACCUCUGCGGAUGGAGAGACCCAGGAGGUUUCUGUGGGGAAGGAGCGGAGCAAUGCCAUGCUGACAGACCUGAAGCCAGGCGUGGAGUACACGGUGUAUGUGUGGGCCCAGAAGGGGGACCGGGAGAGCGAGAAGGCUGACACCAAGUCCCCAACAGAAAUUGACAGCCCUAAGAACCUAGUGACUGACCGGGUGACAGAGAAUACGGCCACCAUUUCUUGGGACCCAGUACAGGCUACUAUUGACAAAUAUGUGGUGCGCUACACCUCUGCUGAUGGAGAGACCAAAGAGGUCCUGGUGGGGAAGGAGUGGAGUAGCACCACCCUAACGGGUCUGGUGCCAGGCAUGGAGUACACAGUGUAUGUGUGGGCCCAGAAGGGGGACCAGGAGAGCAAGAAGGCUGACACCAAGGCUCCAACAGACAUUGACAGUCCCAAAAACCUGGUGACUGACCAGGUGACAGAGAAUACAGCCACCAUCUCCUGGGACCCUGUGCAGGCCACCAUCGAUAGGUACAUGGUGCGCUACACCUCUGUAGAUGGAGAGACCCAGGAGGUUCCAGUGGGCAAGGAGCGGAGCAGCGCCAUCCUGACGGGCCUGAGGCCAGGCAUGGAGUACAUGGUGCAUGUGUGGGCCCAGAAGGGGGACCAGGAGAGCAAGAAGGUUGACACAAAGGCUCCGACAGAAAUCGACGGUCCCAAAAACCUGGUGACUGACCAGGUGACAGAGAAUACAGCCACCAUCUCCUGGGACCCGGUGCAGGCCACCAUUGAUAGAUACGUAGUGCAUUACACCUCUGCCAAUGGAGAGACCCAGGAGGUUCCGGUGGGCAAGGAGCGGAGCAGCGCCAUCCUGACGGGUCUGAGGCCGGGCGUGGAGUACAUGGUGCAUGUGUGGGCCCAAAAGGGGGUUCGUGAGAGCAAGAAGGCCUACACCAAGGCCCUGACAGAAAUUGACCCUCCCCAAAACCUCCAUCCAUCCACCAUAACGCAGUCUGCUGGGGUCCUGACCUGGACAGCGCCCUCUGCUCAGAUCGACGGCUACGUGCUAACCUACCAAUUCCCAGAUGGCACAGUGAAGGAGGUACAGCUGACACCAGACAUCCGGAGGUUUGAGUUGCAAGACCUUGAGCAGGGUGUCACCUAUGCCAUCUCCCUGGUGGCCUUUAAGGGUGAUCGCCGGAGCAGGAGUGUGUCUACCACCCUCUCCACAGUUGGUGCCCGUUUUCCACACCCUUUGGACUGCAGUCAGGUUCAGCAGAACCUCAACGCCGCCAGUGGCAUGUAUACCAUCUACCUGCACGGGGAUGCCAGCCAACCCCUGCGGGUGUACUGCGACAUGGACACAGAUGGAGGCGGCUGGAUCGUCUUCCAGAGGCGGAACACGGGUCAGCUGGAUUUCUUCAAGCGUUGGCGGAGCUAUGUGGAAGGCUUUGGGGACCCCAUGAAGGAGUUCUGGCUUGGACUUGACAAGCUCCACAACCUCACCAGCGGCACUCCCACCCGUUAUGAGGUGAGAGUGGACUUGCAGACCACCAACGAGUCUGCCUACGCCAUAUACGACUUCUUCCAAGUGGCCUCCAGCAAGGAGCGGUAUAGACUGACUGUCGGGAAAUACAGAGGCACAGCAGGGGAUGCUCUCACUUACCACAGUGGAUGGAAGUUCACGACUUUUGACAGAGACAACGACAUUGCACUCAGCAACUGUGCCCUGACGCACCACGGUGGCUGGUGGUAUAAGAACUGCCACUUGGCCAACCCCAAUGGCCGAUAUGGGGAGACCAAGCACAGCGAGGGAGUGAACUGGGAGCCAUGGAAAGGACAUGAAUUCUCCAUUCCUUAUGUGGAGUUGAAAAUCCGCCCUCAUGGCUAUAGCAGUGAGCAGGUCCUGGGCAGAAAGAAGCGGACACUGGGAGGCAUGAGAGCGCUCUGAUGGCCCAUGGGAGCUAUCGUUGCAGGAGACGUGAGCAACCGGGUGCGCUGUGGGAGCCAGGGGGUGGGGUGGUUUAUGGGGACUGGUAG